AUGUCCGCGCCGAAGGCCACUCCACCAGCCCAGGCCCCUACCGUCGUUCCCGUCGCCAAGGCUGCGGAGGUUGCCCAGACGGCCAAGGCCCGGGAGGAGGCUCCCAACCGCGAGGAGAAGGUGAAGGCCGCUGGUGCGGCUCCCACGGCGGCAUCUGCGGCCUCUGCGCCUCAGGCGCCAAAGUCCAAGGCGGCAGCGCUCGUGGCCGGCGGAUCGGUUCCCAAGGCCUCCGGCAGUGGUCCGACCACUACCAGCCCGGCCUCUGCGGGCGUGGUUUCUGCCGUGCCCAAGUCCAAGGCGGUGUCCCCGACCUCGGCUGCCGCCGUCAUGGAGGAAGGAAAGAAGCCCGCAACGGCGGCUGAGCGCAUGGUGGCCACUGGAUCUGUCCUGGCACGAGGCAUGGGAGCCAAGGCGGAGGCCCCCAAGGCGAAGGCGAAGCCGGCCGCGGCCAUGCCCACCACCUCGAAGUACGCCGGCUCCGCCGCCAUGACCCAGGCCGCCCCCAGGAGCGUGCUGAACAUCGUCAGCGGCAAGCCGGUCGCUGCGGGCGAGGUCGCCAGCAGCGCUUAUACCACCAGCUCCGUUGGCCCGGCCAGGGGCUAUGCCAAGGCAGCCGGCGCCAUUCUGCCCAGCAGCGCCCCAAAGAUCGGGCCACCUGCGGUGGCUGUGGGACGUGCCAUGGCUGAGGGACGCCCUGCCGUGUCUAUGGCUAAUGGCAAGUUGGUCACCACUAUCAGCAAGAAGUACCAGAUCGUGUUCGUGACCAGUGAAGUGGCACCCUUCUCGAAGACUGGAGGCCUGGGUGAGGCCAUGGACGGCCUGCCCAUUGCGCUCGCAGCCUUGGGCCACCGCUGCAUGGUCAUCUCUCCUCGCUACGACCAGUACAAGGAGGCCUGGGACACGGGCUACUGGAGCUCCGUUCCCAUGGGCGGCAAGAACGAGUCCGUGCACUUCUUCCACACCUACAAGCAGAAGGUCGACUACGUCUUCGUCGAUCACCCCACCUUCUUGGAGCGCGUCAACGGACUGACAGGUGCCAAGCUGUACGGCCCGGAGUGGGGUCAGGACUUCGCGGACAACCAGGCUCGCUUCGCCUACUUCUGCAAGGCGGCCUUGAAGGCCAUUCAGGAGCUGCCCUUGGGCGGGGCCGUGUACGGCGGUGACUGCAUGGUCGUCUGCAACGACUGGCACUCGGCGCUUGUGCCGAUGCUCAUCCACGCCGAGAAGCCCACAGGCAACUGGACGAACACGAAGUCCGCGUUCCUCUGCCACAACGCGGUCUUCCAGGGCCGCUUCGUGCGCGAGGAAGGCCUUGCAAGCGUCUUUGGUGUACCGGAGCGCUACAUCGACAGCAUCACCUUCAAGAUGCCUCUGCGCAUCGGAAAGUACAACGAGAAGAAAUCCUGCAUCAACACGAUGGCUGCCGGCCUGCGCUACGCCGACCGGGCCUUGACUGUCUCUCCCAGCUAUGCCGUGGAGUGCUGCACGGACCCGGAGAAGGGUGUUGAGUUGGAGGACCUCUUCACCCUGGGCAAGUGCACAGGAAUCCUGAACGGCGUCAAGGAGGGCGUGUCCCCCAGCGACAAGAACUUCGUUACGAAGACCAUGAUGACCUGCGGAGCCUUCACGGCCGCCACCGCCCCAGAGGCCAAGGCGGAGCUGAAGGCCACCUACCGUGCGCAGAACAACCUUCCGGACUGCACGGGCCCUCUGAUGUGCUUCAUCGGAAGGCUGGAUGCCCAGAAGGGCUACGACUUGCUUCUGGAGGCCCUGGUGGAGAUCCUCGAGGACACCGAGCUGCAGGUGGUCAUCGUGGGCUCCGGACGAGCCGACCUCGUGGCUCAGACGAAGGCCGUCGAGAAGAAGUAUCCCAGCAAGUUCUUCUAUGCAGGCUGGAUGGGCCCUGAGCGUUACGCUCUGCUGGCCGGCUGCGACUACACGCUGCUUCCGUCCAGGUGGGAGCCGUGCGGCCUGGUCCAGAUGGAGGCUGGACUCGGGGACUUUUCCUUUGGGGUUCAGGGUUUGGGGUUGUGUUUAGGGUUUCGGGUUUAG